AUGAAUCACGAGACAAAAGAUUUGCGAAUAACAAGAACAAACGAAACAAGAAGAACAUAUGACAGCCUUACUCUAAUUUGCAUAAAUUUAGCUGAAGAAUCAACGAUCGAGUUGAAAGAAAAACAGACGACGAUGAUGAAAGAACAAGAAGAAGUAGUAAACUGUAAUACAUUCAUUGACCUCGCAAAUUAUUCAUCAGCGAAUACGGCAAUCAUAAAUGCUUAG